GGGUGUCGCUUUUUCACGUUGUCAGCAGCAGAAAACAAAAUGGCGGACUCCGUCGGUAAAGUUGUGAUUCCCGGUGACGUUUUAUCGGAAUUUCGGGCCUCCGAGAAAACGUCCAAAGUUGCACUUGGUCCAGGACUGAGGCAGGACGGAGAGGAAGUUCUGGUAACGAAGAGCGGGAUCCUUCGUCACAAAGAACCCAACUUAUACUGGAUAGACUGCCACCAAAGAAGGUACAUCCCAGCUAAGGGUGAGGAUGUGAUAGGUAUUGUGACGGUGAAGUCAGGCGACGUGUACAGAGUCGACAUCGGAGCUACACAGCCUGCAACUCUGUCUUACCUGGCCUUCGAGGGGGCAACUAAGAGGAACAGACCAAACGUUAAGGUUGGUGACCUUGUGUUUGCCAAGCUGUUGGUAGCUAAUAAAGACAUGGAGCCUGAGCUGGUGUGUAUUGACUCUGGAGGACACAGCAGUGGGUACGGAGUCAUCCCUGCUAACGGAGGCUUCAUGUUCCACACCUCACUCAACCUCGUCAGAAAAAUGCUGUCUCCCAACUGUGACAUCCUGAAGUUCCUGGGGAAGAACGUUCCAUUUGAGACAGCUGUGGGGGUGAACGGACGCAUCUGGGUCAAAGCCAAGACUGUGAAGGACACAAUAGUGGUGGCCAAUGCCAUUGCCAGCUCUGAGCACAUGACAAAUGCCCAAAUAAGGACGAUGAUCCGUCAGCUAUUAGACAAACUUUCCGGGUUCUGAUACACCAAGGAUAAGCAUGUCAUCAGCAUAUGCCAUCAGCCAAGAUUUGACUUCAAACAAAAGUGGAUCCGCCUCCAGAUCUGAGGAAUGAAGGAUUUGAGCUUGGAGAUACACCAAUAUAAUUUUUUUCCUUACAGAAAAUGGUGAACUGAAAAUAAAGAAGUUCUGCUAUCAUUCCAGA